CUUUAUUUUCAAUUUUCAUAUUGCAACAUUAUUCAUCAAUUGUCACGUAGAUAAAUUACGUUUGUUUUUGUUUAUUUAGCAUUGUGAUUGUGAUUAUGAAAAUUCCAGAAUAAAUAAGUGCCCCUCAUUUAUUUGUGAAGAGAAAGUACAGUAGAAUAAAAUAAUGGUCACUCCGACACCGGACACUCCUGAUCAGUUUGAUCAGUUCGAAGACGAGGAGAAUGAACAGCAGCUCGGGGCAACUGCGUCGGGCAGGAAAAGGUUGUUUAGUAAAGAACUCCGUUGUAUGAUGUAUGGAUUUGGAGACGACCAGAAUCCUUAUACGGAGAGUGUAGAUUUCUUAGAAGAUCUUGUAAUUGAAUUCAUUACGGAAACCACACAUAAAGCAAUGGAGGUGGGUAGACCAGGCAGAGUGCAAGUAGAAGAUAUAAUAUUCUUAGUCCGCAAAGACCCUAGGAAAUAUGCUAGGGUCAAAGACUUGCUUACUAUGAAUGAAGAGUUGAAGAAAGCUAGAAAGGCCUUUGAUGAAGUUAAAUAUGUUGAAGACCAACAAUAGCAUAUGUGGCCAAGCAUCCAACUCGCCUAAGACUGAUGCAAGUAACAAUUUUAAACAUUAGCUUUUGUGUUUGUAUCUUGUACUAAUUAUGAUUGUGCUUUUCUAUCAACAAUUUGUCUUACUAACCAAUGAGUGUUGUGAUAAUUAAAAAUUUUGAUGUAACAAAUAUUGUAACAAUAUUGAAUUUUAAAAUGUCUUAUAAGUUUAUGCACAAAUUGUUAAAGGCAUUUUGAGGAAAUAUUAAUUGCAGAAUUAUGUAAUCUUUUUAACUUGAACAUAAUAAAAGAUCUGUGUGGUUAGACAAAGUGCAUUCGCUAUGAAUCAAUUUCUUAACAAACUUCAAAACUGUAUGGAACUGACAAGCGACAAUCAUGAAACUUAUCGAAAGAUAUGGUCCGUUAUAUAAAUUUUUGAAGUUUGUUAUGAAAUUGCUUCGUAGGGAAUGCACUUUGUCUAACCUGGCAGGUUUUAUAUACAGCAAUUUGAAGUGUUCACUCUCCAGUAAUACCAACAUUUUUAUGUUCAAGUUAAAUUCAAUAAAAGGGUUAACAUCAUAGGUUUAUAAAAAUAUUUGCUACAUCAAUAGCGCACUUAAAUACGGUUAUUGCUAGAUGUGCACAUUUGCUAACCUUCACAAAUAUUUGGAAUAAUCUUCGAAAAUACAUGUGUGUGAUUAAUAUGAUAAAACAUAUGUUAGUCAUGUUUAUUUAUUGAAAGUUCUAAUGUGUAGUAACAAUACAAAUUAUUCAACUAUAGGACCAUUUAUUAAUUAAUACUAGGAAAAUUCAUACACUAGUUAGAAAUAAAGAAAUGUUUAUGAUAAAUAUUAGUUUUAUUUCAAGAAGAAUUUCAAACCCAUAGAAGUUUAUUUAAAAUAAUUUCUUAAUCUUGUAAAGCGAUGAUUUUGUAGAUUACUAACACACA